AUGGCUGUCCGAUCCCUGGUGCCUCAUGAGGUGCCUGACGAUGUGCCUCACGCAUCCUCUCGUAGUCAGCACAGGGCGAGAGAGCAGCAGCGUGUCAGUGCUGAUCCGGUGGGCGGCGCACCAGAUUCCUUGACAGAUUCUGUCUGCAGGAUGGGCUACUUCCCAUGUGGAAAUCUUACCGUAUGCCUUCCACGUGCGUUUCACUGUGACGGUGUAAAAGACUGUGAGAAUGGGGCUGAUGAAGAUUACUGUGGAGACAACAAUGGAUGGGCAAAUAUGUUUGAUGAAGUGCAUGGGAAAGCAAAUGAAGUCAUGGAGCCCCAAGAAUGCUGUCUCUCCCAGUUUCCAGACAUUUGUGAGUGCAAAGACACAGAGCUGGAGUGUGUAGAGGCCAAUUUACAAGCAGUACCGCAAGUGUCAAGCAAUGUAACACUUUUAUCCCUCAAAGGAAACCGAAUACGUAGGCUACCAGAUAAUGCUUUCCUGGGAUACAAAGAUUUGGCAAAACUAUUCCUUCAAUACAACUGCUUGAGUAAUAUAUCACAGAAAGCUUUCUAUGGAUUGUAUCAUCUUCAGAAACUAUAUCUCAGCAACAACUGUAUAAGGUACCUGCAGCAAGGGGUCUUUGCGCACUUGCAUGAAUUAAGAUGGCUAAUCCUUGAUGAAAACCCCAUUGUAAAAGUCAGCCAAGAGCUCUUCACUGGGUUAGAGUCAUUGUUUUUCUUAUCAAUGAUAAACAACUCACUGGAAGCCCUUCCUGAAAAGCUAUGUGCCCAGAUGCCAUUCAUUAAUUGGAUGGAUUUUGAAGGAAAUAACAUCAGAGGACUUAGUAAUACCAGUUUUGUAACCUGUGAUGAGCUCACUGUUCUGUUCUUACGUGGGAACCAGAUCAGCUUAGUGACAGAAAACAUAUUUUCAUCUUUAAGAAGCUUAGCAGAAAUAGAUUUGUCCAAUAAUCUAAUCACAGAAGUGCCACUCUCCAGCUUUAAGGAACUUAAAGAUUUGCAAAAACUUAAUCUCAGUUGUAAUCCAUUAUCACUUCAUACUGAACAGUUUGAAACACUACCACAUCUUCAAUCACUUGCACUGGAAAACAUCGAAAUUCCGAAUAUAAGCACAAGAAUGUUCCAGCCAAUGAAGAAUCUGACCCACAUAUAUUUUAAAAAAUUUAGAUAUUGUUCUUAUGCACCUCACGUGCGAGUAUGUACACCACUUACAGACGGUAUCUCAUCAUUUGAAAACCUCCUGGCCAACACCAUCCUCCGGGUCUUUGUCUGGGUGAUAGCCUGCAUUACCUGCUUUGGGAACAUCUUCGUCAUUGGAAUGCGAUCAUUUAUUCAGUCGGAAAACAAGACUCACACUAUGUCCAUAAAGAUCUUGUGCUGUACAUCCUGAUUAAUGGGUAUCUAUCUAUUUUUCAUUGGAGUGUUUGAUGUUAAGUACCGUGGGCAGUAUAAAAAGUAUGCCCUGCUAUGGAUGGAAAGCCUACAAUGUAGAAGCCUUGGAUUUCUAGCCAUGCUGUCCACAGAAGUAUCUGUUCUUCUUCUGACUUAUUUGACAUUGGAGAAGUACCUAGCUAUUGUAUUUCCAUUCAGCAACAUUCGUCCAGGCAAACGCCAGACACUCAUAACUUUGAUGUCGAUAUGGGUCAUUGGAUUUAUAAUUGCUGUAAUUCCAUUCUGGAAUGAAGACUUUUUUGGAAACUACUAUGGAAAAAAUGGGGUUUGUUUCCCUUUGUAUCCUGAUCAAACAGAAGAGGCUGGGGGCAAGGGAUAUUCUUUGGGAAUAUUUCUAGGUGUUAACCUGGUGGCCUUUAUUAUUAUAGUCUUCUCCUAUGUCAGCAUGUUCUGCUCCAUACAGAAGACAGCUCUGCAGACCUCGGAAAUAAAGAGUCACAUUCACAUGGAUGUCGCUGUUGCCAACAGAUUUUUUUUCAUAGUGUUUUCAGAUGCCGUGUGUUGGAUUCCUGUGUUUCUUCUGAAGAUUCUUUCCCUGUUCAGGGUAGAAAUCCCAGGCACUGUAACUUCUUGGAUUGUGAUAUUCAUUUUGCCGAUUAACAGUGCCCUGAACCCUAUCCUGUACACAUUAACUACGAGCUUCUUCAAAGAGAAACUUAAACAGCUGCUACACAGGCAGCGCAGGAGAUCCAUAUUCAGGAACGAUCGGAAGAGUUUGUCCACAUCGCUGGUCUGGAACGAUGAGUCCAUGGUCCAAAAUUCCACCCUUAAACUUGGCUUCUUACAUAAAAAGUCUUCUGGGGAAACAAUCAUCAAGACAACAUGAUACACAGAGAAACUUGACUGGAUUAUGCCUC